UGGAGUUUGUAAACUUAUAUUUUUUAAACAAAUAAGAAAUUGGAACUUACUGCUUUUUGUUCAGUUUUUAGAGGGGCCCAGGGGGUCCUAAACAUUUUUUUACGCGCUUACGCGCGCAAUCAUGGCCCACCCCCUCAGAUAAUGGUUUAAUCCGCCCCUGAUAACCGACAUGGUUUACAACAAGGCUAAAAUACACAAAUUAAUUGAUUAAACGUUGUCGAUCCUAUUCCACAGUUUUAGAAUACAUUUGAAUAAAAUGGUUACGAGUAUAAAAUAAGCUUCAUUUGCAAUGCAUACAUAUUUAUAUACUCAGAGGCGUAUUCAGGGAGGGCUAUAUGUGUGCUUAGCCUUCCCCCUCCCCCCAUGGGUCAGUGAAAUCUAUGAUUUUCAGGGGGGGUUUCGGGCCACAAGGGGUGCUGAGCCUCCCCUCAGAGAGAGAAAAAUAAUUAGCCCCCUACCCCCGCCCCGGGACAAAUUCCUGAAUAGGCCCCUCUGUAUUUAUUGUAUAAACAUCAUGGAUCAUAAUUGAUUAAAAAACAUGAGAUGUUUAAAUUUAAAAUUUAAGAUGAUAUAAUCUCAGAGAUGAUGCUUACCAAUGAUAAAGAUUCAGGAUUAUUAAGAUUUCUGCAGAAAUGAUGGCUUUAGGUUUUAUCAUUUCUUCAAUUCUUCUUUUCUGUAUCCAUCCAAGCUCAAAUAAGAGCCUUUUUGAAUUUUGCUCUGAAGAUUCUAAUUGUGAAGCAAACCAGUUCUGCGAGCUUGGUAGACAUGAGUGCAAGUGCAAUAAAGGGUCUCGAGUGUGGAUGGGAGGAUGUAUUCAGGCAGUUAAGUAUAUGGAGGAAUGUACCGAUGAUAUGGAGUGCAGGUUAACCGACAAUAACAUGGCUUGCCUACAGGAAGCCAAGUUGGAUUCUACUAGAUGCAGGUUAGGAAAGAAAAUGAUAAAAAUACAACCCAUGAUUAUCUUAUAA